CCGUCCCCCGUAUUUUGUGGGUGCAGCCUCACCAAAAGCCAAUGAUGCCGCACAAGCCAGAGGCACACUGCACGUCACACGGUUCGUUCCCCUCCUCUAGCACUGGAAUGAUGUCGACGGGUCAUGGAACCAGACCGCUGUUCUACCGCCACCACAGAGCGCGAGAUGAAGGCUCCAAAGGACUUCGGCAUUCGACUGCUCUGAGAACUCUCCCUUCCCAGGUCCCAAACUCUAUGAAGAGACAGCUUCCCGUUUUGGAGCAGUAUACCGACUACACUUAUUUUCAUUCGAACAGUCUUUGGCGGUAUAAUGGCGCCUCAAGAAACAUCCCCAGCCGGGAGGGAUGAUGACCCUUUCCCAUACAGACAGCUGGCCGUUAUAGCCAUCUGUCGGCUGGCGGAGCCAAUCGCCUUCACUUCCAUAACAGCGUAUACCUUUGUUAUGGUCAAAGAUAUCAAAGGCGAAGAGGAUGCGUCUUUCUAUGCUGGUCUACUCGUGUCGGCCUUCGCAAUGGCUGAAGCAUCUACUGCCAUGAUCUGGGGUCACAUUUCAGAUCGAUAUGGAAGGAAACCUAUCAUUCUUGUCGCCUUGGCAGGAACAGCCCUUUCGAGUCUGAUCUUUGGGUUUGCAAAACGAUACUGGGUCGCUCUUCUCGCUCGAGUCAUUGGUGGCGCUCUGAAUGGAAAUGUUGCUGUCAUGCAGACAAUGGUAGCCGAAAUGAUCAAGAACCCUAAGCACGAACCCGCGGCAUACGCUGUCCAGCCUUUCAUGUGGAGUCUGGGUUCGAUUGUUGGGUCAGCCUUGGGCGGGUUUACAGCACAACCUGCUCAGUCCUAUCCCCACCUAUUCUCUCCGGACGGCAUCUUCGGUGAAUAUCCUUAUCUAUUACCCAACCUUGUCGCUGUUGUCGCAAUUCUCAUUGCCAUGAUCCAGGGUUGGCUGCUGCUGGAGGAGACUAAUCCCAGAGUCCGAUCACACACGCCGCCUCCAGAGGAGAUCAGGCACGAGGAACCUGUCUGUGAGAGAACGCCACUGAUGCGCUCACGGUUCAGGAGAGAGUCGGCAGUUGAAUCAAUAGCGGUAUCGCUCGGUCGAACCAGCAUUCGCGGCAGCACUCGAGGCAGCGUGUCCUAUGCCGCUAGUUCUGCUCCUCUCCCGAAUGAUCCAGCCUUUGACCUACGGCGGGCCUCAUUCGCCUCCAUCGGCUCGUUCAAGCCAUUGAUGGGCCUGGCCCCUACCAUCUCCAAUGUCGUCGUUGAGGACGAUGAAGACCAAACUGCACCGGAUGAAUCGAUAAAGGCGUUCAACAAGUCGGUCAUAUUUUGGACCAUCGCUUUGGUUCUCAUGUGUUACCACCAGAUGGCCUUCUACUCUCUCUAUCCAGUCUAUCUUCUUGACGACCCACGACGCACCGCACGACACCUGGAUUUGGUUGGCGGAUUGGGCUUGACGUUGCCCAAAGUGGGAAUUUUCCUUGCGGCGAACAGCAUAUUGUCAUUGUUCUUUCAAGGGGUCAUCUUUCCUAUAUACGUCGGCAGGCUGGGCGUAUGGAGGUCUGUUUUGUCGCUCACCAUCCUCACACCAGUCGCGCACAUCUUGGCUCCGUUUGUUUCGGCAUUGCCAAAUCCAGCUCUCGGACUCUGGGCUCUUCUCGCCCUGCAAAGUUUCACAUGCAUUAUCAUCUUUCCCUGCUUGUUGAUAUUGCUGAAAAACGCGACCGAGUCCCCCCUGGUACUGGGCAAAGUCAAUGGGUUGGCCAUGUCCGCAUGUUCGGCGGCAAGAACUGUCGCUCCACCGCUUGGAGGUAUCAUUUACAGCACUCUAGGAUCUGCAGCAGGGUGGUGGAGCUGUGCGAUAUUCUCGAUUGCCGCUAUUGUUCAGCUUCUUUUUGCACCCAGACCAGAGGAGGACAAUGCCACGAUAUUACGGAGAGCUUCGGUUGCGGUCGAAGCUCCGCCAAUGACUGACAAUGUGAGGGACUAAGUGGAAGGUCCAUCAUUCCACUUUGAUACUUUUUUUACAGUAUAUUACGGAGUCUGCGAGCACGUCUGUCUACGCAUUGUUUUGGGCUGGAACAUCUGGGUCAUAUUAACAGAUCGCAUAGCGUGCGCUUUCAAUACUGGACGGUGUGUAAUGGUAAUGUUUUG